AGCGCCCCGAUUUCUUGCUGACGAGACGAGGCACCGCGAAAAGCUCACCAUUCUUCCACCGAUCCUCGAAUCCCAGGAAGGACACCAAGAUGGCUGAGCAGCUCAUCCUCAAGGGCACCCUGGAGGGCCACAAUGGCUGGGUCACCAGCUUGGCCACGUCGAUGGAGAACCCCAACAUGCUUCUCUCCGGCAGCCGAGACAAGACCCUGAUCAUCUGGAACCUCACCCGCGAUGAGACCCAGUACGGCUACCCCAAGCGGUCGCUGCACGGCCACUCUCACAUUGUCUCCGACUGCGUGAUCUCGUCAGACGGUGCCUAUGCCCUCUCCGCUUCCUGGGACAAGACCCUGCGCCUGUGGGAGCUCUCGACCGGCACGACCACGCGCCGGUUCGUCGGCCACACCGGCGACGUCCUGUCGGUCUCCUUCUCGGCCGACAACCGCCAGAUCGUCUCGGGCUCCCGCGACCGAACCAUCAAGCUGUGGAACACCCUGGGUGACUGCAAGUACACCAUCACCGACAAGGGCCACACCGACUGGGUUUCGUGCGUCCGCUUCUCGCCCAACCCGCAGAACCCCGUGAUCGUCUCGUCCGGUUGGGACAAGCUGGUCAAGGUCUGGGAGCUUGCUAGCUGCAAACUGCAGACGGACCACAUCGGUCACACCGGCUACAUCAACACCGUCACCAUCUCCCCCGAUGGAUCUCUGUGCGCCUCCGGCGGCAAGGACGGUACCACGAUGCUGUGGGAUCUUAAUGAGAGCAAGCACCUGUACUCGCUCAAUGCCAACGACGAGAUCCAUGCCCUUGUCUUCUCGCCCAACCGGUACUGGCUCUGCGCUGCUACUGCCAGCAGCAUCAUCAUCUUCGACUUGGAGAAGAAGAGCAAGGUCGACGAGCUCAAGCCCGAGUUCCAGAACGUCGGCAAGAAGAGCCGCGAGCCCGAGUGCGUCAGCCUGGCGUGGAGCGCCGAUGGCCAGACCCUCUUCGCCGGUUACACCGACAACAUCAUCCGCGCCUGGGGUGUCAUGUCGAGGGCGUAAGAGGUGUCAGUGCGGAGGUGUCCGGGGCCGGGGACGGGGCAGAGACAGUUGGCCGGGGGGGCGGGAUUUGCAUCGCUUCGCUGCGCAGGAGGCCGGGAAGGGGCGUGUGGUGCGCUCCGGGGCUCUUUCGACGGAUUCCAUGGUGGGGGCGUACAUCGGACUGCUUGUCUCGCUUUUGGUCUCUUUCAUGGAAAGGAAUGAAAGACGGGGUCUGGGAAAAAUGCGUCAUCUAGUCACGGCAGCCCUCGCCGCGGAUGUGGUCUGCGGCGAGAUGGCAGAUGGGUAUAAAUUCAGCAUCCCCAUGAACCAA